UUUAAUAUAUUUUCGCAUCUUUAUGUAGUACAUUUGCGCUCUUUAGAAUAUCUUCCUAAAAGACAACUCUAAUAGUAGAUUCUAUGUUUUAAAACUUGAAUGCAAUUCUUGAUGCUGUGCAAAUACAUCUAUUCUCGAUUUACUACAUAUCGAUAUGUAUUUCGUAGGAACAUCAAGGUUGUAACCAUGGGUGGUGUUACUAGCGAUUCGUCCUUUUCCGUCAGUACUGACAUAAAGAACGAUGAUUCAUUUUCUUUUGGCACUAUAAGUAUACCUGGAAGCCAGGUAUUUGCUAAAUCAUCCAUGUCUUAUGCUUUUGUGAACAUUCGUCCCUUCAUGCCAGGUCAUUCUUUGGUAUCACCCUUGCGUGUUGUUAAGAGAUACAAGGAUAUGACAGCUGCUGAAUUAGCCGAUUUGAGUGCACUGGUACAGGUAACUGCUGAAGCCCUCGAGCAGAAGCAUAAUGCCUCAGCCUGUACUAUAGUAUGCCAGGAUGGUGAAGCUGCUGGCCAGACGAUAUCUCACGUCCACUUUCACAUAAUCCCAAGGGUAAAGGACGAUUUAGCGGAGCCGGACUCUAUAUAUGACGAGUUGGAAAAGCCUACUAACAGGUUAUGGACUCCUGAGGAGAUGUCGGUUGCGGCUAAUGACAUGCGUCCGUUUGUUGAUAAAGUUGUUUCCGAACGGAAGGUUGGCAGUUUAACCAUUUGAGUGUCUGAACCCAGGCAACUGGAGGAUCUUCUCGGUAUUUGAAUAAUUACACACUAGUA